UUUUGGCAAAUGCAUUUUAUGCAAUUGAAGUAGAAGGACUAGAAUAUAUCCCUCCAGAUGGAUGUUCGACUAUUCUCUGCCCAAAUCAUGCAAAUUCCUUGACAGAUCCUAUUUGUCUUUUGGCCGCUAUACCAAAAGAUAAACGAGAUAUGGUAAUUGUUUAUAAUUCGAAUGACUGCCAAAGAUACAUUUUGGCAUAG